AACCUAUCCAUCUGCCAUUGUUGUUGCCAUCUGAUCCGAAUUUUGGCAUACCAAUGCAUCACUUGCACCUGUCAUUUAUGAGCUUAGCAUCAGCACCAAGAAAAAGCUGAACCGCCUCGCCGACCCAGACCCCUAUAUAAACCCAGAAAUUCCAAGAAGACGAAGAAGAAGAGCAACAGCAACAAGGCAAGCUUGCUAGAGAUCGAUGAAGCGUAGCGCAGUUGCGGCUGCCGUGGUGGUGGCGCUGGCCGCCGUGGUGUUCCUUCUGGCCGCCGCGAGGCCGGGCCAGGGCGCGGUGACCUGCGCCGACGUGGACGCCGACCUGCGGCCGUGCGUCGGGUACGUGACGGGCAAGGAGGCAGCCCCGCCGGCGGAGUGCUGCGCCGGCGUGAAGAGCAUCAGGGCGAUGCCGUCCGGCACGGCGGAGCGGCGGCUCGCCUGCGAGUGCGUGAAGCAGGCGGCGGCGCGGUACAAGGGGCUCGACACCGACGCCAUCCGCGACCUCCCCGCGGCGUGCGGCUCGCAGCUGCCGUUCCCGCUCCGCCUGGACUUCGACUGCAGCACGUACGUAUAUAACCGCGCGCUCUAUAUAUACUGGGUGCGCGAGAACCUCACAGUCCUCAUGUGGAUUUAUGCAACCAUCUCCGAGGAGCUCUUGGAUUUGGUUCUGCGGCAGUCGGUGAUGGCUUUUGGCGUUUGGUCCCAUAUCCAGUCCAUUUUCUCUGGGAACAAGCCAAGUCGUGUUGUUCAUCUUGAAGCCGAACUCUAUGGCCUUUGCCAGGGCGAUCUCACCAUCGUCGCAUAUUGUCACAAGCUUCAGUCACUUGCCACUGCCUUUGCUGAUACUUUUUGA